GCAUGUUGUUACCAUAUGAGCACACAGGAAAUAAAAACUCAAACAUUCUACUGAUUUUCUUACAUGGAUUUCCAGAUACUAUGCGAUUAUGGGAUUGUAUAUAUUAAAUACUAAAUUAGAAACUAUCACAGGAAUUUAGAAGUCAGAUGUUCAAAUUCUUAAUAUCUCAUAUCCAAAUUAUCAUCAAUCCUAAAAUCUAAAAUUUGGAUUAGAUUUUCCAGAAGUAGUUAAGAGAAUUAGAUCAACUAUAGAACAUGUGGAUAAUGGAUAGAAUCUAAAAAAAUUGUUGAUCACUCAUGAUUGGGGAGCUUUUUAUGGUUAUCUUUAUGAUUAGAAAUAUCCAUAAACAGUUGAUGAUAUUAUAGCUCUGGAUGUAGGAGCAUAAGUAGAUUUGUCUCUUAAAUCAGGAUUGCUUAUAGAAUCUUACUAAAUAACAUUUGCCAUAGCAUUCUUAUUAACAUUGAUACCUAUUAUAGGAGAAUUUUUUGGAACUUUAUUAGCUAGAUUAUAUAUGAAAUUUAUUUUAAGAAUUCCAAUUCCACAAAAUUAUACAGCAAAAAUCAAUUAUCCAUAUUUCUAUUUCUAAAAGAAUUUACUAUUUGAUUCUAUUCUCAACAAGUCUAAGAAAUUCUUAUAUAGAUAUAAGCCUUCUGUUCCAGUAGUAUUUAUAUAUGGAGAGAAGAAACCUUUUCAAUUUCAUAGUGCUAGAUGGCAAUUGACUUUAUCUUAAAAUGCAGAUUCAGAAUUUAUUGCAGCUAAAACUGGUCAUUGGAUCUAAGUCGAAUAAUCUGAUCUUGUUAUCAAUAAGAUAAUUAGUAGAAUAGCAAGAUUAAAGAAAUGAG